AUGACUGGUGGGCAGUUUACUGGUGGAAAAACAACUGGUGGAGACACGACUGUUGGAGGGUCGACUGGUGGAAAGACAACUGGCGGAGGGACGUCUGGUGGGCAGUAUACUGGUGGAAAAGCAACUGGCGGAGGCAUGUCUGGUGGGCAGUUUACUGGUGGAAAGGCAACUGGCGGAGGCACGACUGGUGGAGAGUUUACUGGUGGAAAAACAUCUGGUGGCGGUACGACUGUUGUACAUUUGACUGGUGGAAAAACAACUGUCGGAGGUACGAUUGGUGGAUUGUCGACUGGUGGAAAGACAACUGGGGGAGACACGACUGGUGGACAGUUUACUGGUGGAAAAACACCUGGUGGCGGUACGACUGGUGGAGAGUUUACUGGUGGAAAAACAUCUGGUGGUGGUACGACUGCUGUACAUUUGACUGGUGGAAAAACAACUGUCGGAGGCACGAAUGGUGGAUUGUCGACUGGUGGAAAGAAAACUGGCGGAGGCACGUCUGGUGGACAGUUUACUGGUGGAAAAACAUCUGGUGGCGGUACGACUGUUUUACAGUUGACUGGUGGAAAAACAACUGUCGGAGGCACGAAUGGUGGAUUGUCGACUGGUGGAAAGACAUCUGGCGGAGGCACGAAUGGUGGAAAGACAAUUGGCGGAGGCACGACUGGUGGAUAG